CGGACCCUGCUUGUUUUAUACACGAGAGGGAGCUCGUUCCUUCACAACAUAAGGGACUCGGCCAUGAGGACACUACUGGCGGUAGGCACCGUCCUGGUACUUGUAUUUUGUUUUGGCGACGUUUACAGCGAUGCCACAGCCGCAAAACCCACAAUACAGAAUCAGGAUUAUUUCUCUUUGUUAGAAAAGGGAAUAGAGGUACUUUUGAGCAAUGUGUCUUCUACACAAAGUCUGUCACAAUUGUCGAAUCUUGCAUCGCUCUUUCCUGCGAUGAACGUGCAGAAUGUGCAGAAGAUACUACACAGCCUUAAUGUGCCAAUACCAUCGGGACCGCAGUUUAACGCAACUCUUAAAUUAUUGCAAUCAACAGGCCAGUCAGUGGCAUCCAAGUUCACGUCAGGCCAGAAGUCUUACAAGAUGUUAAGCCCUGCUUGCAGCUCUGCUAUGGGAAUGUUAGGUUCGCAGUUCCUCGCCCAGAAACAAUGGGCACUAAAAAUGGUUGACUCCUGGGGUAAACCACGAGCGGGGUUACUUGAAGGAAACGUAAAAUGGCGCGGAAUGUAUGACGAAUGCAUGAAUACAGUGGCAGAAAUCGACGGAAAAGUUGUAUUUGAGCCAAACUCUUGUGGUGUCAAUAUCCCGACAUCGAUAUCGGGUCCAUCAGGAAACGUGAAUAUCGUCAUAAGGAUGUGUCUCCCGUCAGUCUGUACAGGUGGAGACCCUUAUUUCAUAGCUGAUUCAAUUUUAGCAUUAAUCCCAACCACUCCGCCACUUACUGCGAACUUCGGAUGGUGUCAGGAAGAGCCAGAAUAUGAUCUCAGGACAACGAUUACCAUAUGUGUCUGUGGUGCCUUUCUUGCCCUGAUGACGCUAGCAACAUUAUUCGACGUGUUCGUCGUCCGUCAACAGCAAAAGAAAACAACCAAGACACCAAUUGAGACGGAAUUUAACAAAAAUGGGAUUAUCCCUGUCACUGUGAUUGGGGAAGGGAACAGUCCUCAAAAUGUGGAAGAUAAUAGCCCGGUCAAGAAUGGAACUAUACAGACGAACGGCUACUCCAUUGAUAACGUGCCGGCAGUCGAAACUAAAUAUACAGGACUGUGUUCCAAGUUGCUCCUGUCUUUUUCGGUUUGGACGAAUGGGAGGAAAUUGCUCAGUGCAAAACAGACAGGAGGAACCAUGGGCGCUAUCAAUGGAAUCCGGUUCCUCAGCAUGACUUGGGUAAUCUUGGGACAUACCUACAUCUUCCUUCUCUUGCAGGGGGCGUUAGUAAAUACUGCUCCAUUCGCAUCCCAGAUGUUGAAGAGGAGAAGUUUCAUGGCCAUAACGAACGCUCUCCUAUCCGUCGACACCUUCUUCACCUUGAGCGGGUUGUUGGUAGCGUACGUUUUCAUGAAGGAGAUGAAGAGAGAGAAGGGUCGUAUUAACUGGUUCAUGUUUUACUUCCAUAGGUUCUGGAGACUGACUCCCCCCUACAUGAUGGUGAUGAUGCUUGACAUCGUAUUGUUCCGUUACCUUGGUGACGGGCCGAUGUGGUCCGUAACCGGUUUGGAGACCGACUACUGUAAGGAUUCAUGGUGGACCAACCUUAUCUACGUCAACAAUCUAGUAAAGACAGACAAAAUGUGUUUUGGCUGGUCAUGGUACCUUGCAAAUGACAUGCAGUUUUACGUGAUCAGUCCAAUUAUACUAGUUCCGCUGUAUUUCUCGAAGAAGAUCGGAAGCGCAAUUGCUGUCCUAUUUCUAUUGGGAACUACUAUUGCCAGCGGAGUGAUAUCUAAGACCUACGAACUGCCAUCUACUCAGUAUUCCAUGGUACCUAACCCACACAGUGGGGAUUAUUUCGAAAAGUACUACAUCAAACCGUACUGUCGCAUGGGACCCUACAUCAUCGGCAUGAUGACGGGCUAUAUUCUCUACAGAACGAAAGGCAAAUACAACAUGAAACCGCCAGUAUCAUUGUUUAUAUGGAUUGUGAUGACGACCUUGGCGUGUCUGGUUAUCUACGGUGUUUACGAUGAGACCAGUGGUAAAACUGCGAUGAGUGUAAACGUUGCCGCCCUUUAUAAUGCCGUCCACAAGACAUUGUGGGGAGUGUGUGUGUCAUGGGUCAUAUUCGCAUGCGUUACCGGAAAUGGUGGAUAUAUAAACACUAUUUUGUCCUGGAGUCCAUUCGUCCCCCUCGGACGUCUGACGUACUGUGCCUACCUCGUUCAUCCGAUCAUUAUAUUUGUCUACAUAAGGUCCCUCAGACAGGCCGUGUACGCAACAGAUUUUGUCAUGAUCUACCAGUUCCUGGGACAUCUUGUGACCGCCUACGGUGUGGCUUUCGUCGUGUCACUGACCUUCGAGUCCCCGAUGAUGGGGCUAGAGAGGGCUAUCUUCCGGCGGGGUAAAAAGAAAAACCAAUAGUUACCAUUACGUAACUGCAUAAGACGUCCAGAUAUAUACAUAUUGUACGACAUGAAAUGGACGCGGAUGAACUAGAACCAUAUAAAAAAAAAAAAAAUGUAUUUUUAAUUGAAUGAAAUAUUGUAUUUCUUCAUAACACAAUUGCAUUAUGGUUCUUACAGGAUGAUAUGCCAUAUUACACAUUUGAACAAAUACUGGGAAGUUAUUCCCAUCGUCCAAUCAAGUUUGGCCUGAAUAUGGAAAACGCGUCAGCGUAUACCACAUUAAACAUAUUUGAAAAGCAUGUACAUGUAUAUACAUGUACUUGCAAUCGUUGUACAAUUUUGUAGUUUUUAUCAAGAUUUUAAAAUAAAAUAAUAAGACAUUUGUAAUUAAACAUCAAGUCUGUGUUUUACGUUUUGUUUUUACCUAUCUACCUAAUAUAAUUUGAUUAAGAGCAUUUCUAACGAUACAUGCAAAACCAUUCUAUGAAAUGUACUGAAUGAAAUCUUUUGUACUUUUUUAUUAGAGUGCAGGCAUUGCAUGAUGCUAUAUGUUUUUCCUUUAUGUUUCAGGGUUUU